UAGGCAUUAAUUGCAAUUCCCCAACAACAACAUUGUCCUUAAAAAUUUGUUUCAUUUCAAGAUCCAUAAUUGAAAAUUUUCUGCCUCUAUCUCCAACCUCUAAUGGAAUUGGGAAGCAUAAUGCAGUUUCUUGAGGGCAGGACCAUUUUAGUCACCGGUGCCACUGGCUUCCUCGCAAAAAUAUUUGUAGAAAAGAUAUUGAGGGUUCAACCAAAGGUGAAGAAACUUUACCUUCUCCUAAGAGCUAAGGAUUCUGAAUCUGCUACUCAACGCUUACGCACUGAGAUCAUAGGGAAGGACUUGUUCAAAUUAUUGAAAGAAAAUUUGGGUACAAAAUUCGACUCUUUUGUCUCUGAAAAGUUGACUGUGGUUCCCGGAGACAUUUCUCAAGAGGGUUUGAAUUUGAAGGAAUCAAUUCUAGAAGAGAAUAUUUGCAAUCAAACAGAUGUUAUAAUUAAUUUAGCUGCAACAACUAAAUUUGAUGAAAGAUAUGAUGUUGCAUUGGGUAUAAAUACAUUAGGAGCUAAACAUGUUUUGAGCUUUGCCAAAAAAUGUGUUAAACUAAAGGUGCUUGUCCAUGUUUCGACAGCCUAUGUGUGUGGUGAGAGAGGAGGACUCAUACUUGAGGAUCCUCAUCCCUUUGGUGUGUCACUAAAUGGAGUGCAUGGACUAGACAUUUGUAUGGAAAAGAAAUUGGUGGAGAGGAAAUUGAAACAGCUUCAAGCAGAGGGAGCAACAGAACAUGAUAUUGAAGUGGCCAUGAAGGACUUGGGUAUGGAAAGAGCUAAUGAAUAUGGAUGGCCAAACACUUACGUGUUUACAAAAGCAAUGGGAGAAAUGCUUGUAGAAGCUUCCAAAGAAAAUAUGUCAGUUGUUAUUCUACGCCCUACCAUCGUUACUAGCACUUAUAGAGAACCUUUUCCUGGAUGGGUUGAAGGCUUAAGAACCAUAGACAGUAUAAUUGUUGCUUAUGGUAAAGGAAAAUUAACAAGCUUCAUGGCGGAUCUUGACGCAGUUUUUGACGUGAUACCCGCAGACAUGGUGGUGAAUGCAAUUAUAGUGGCCAUGAUGGCUCAUGCAAAUCAAGCUAGUGAUAAUCAUAUAAUAUAUCAUGUGGGUUCCUCCGUUAGAAAUCCAAUUAAAUAUCGUAGUUUGAAAGACUAUAAUUUUAGAUAUUUCACGGAAAAACCUUGGAUAAACAAGGAUGGAAAACCGGUUAAGGUUGGUAAAGUUACCGUGUUUAAUAACAUGGCUAACUUCCGAAGAUACAUGUUCAUACGUUACGUGCUUCCUUUAAAGGGACUAGAGAUGGCGAAUUCAAUUUUAUGUCAAUAUUUUAAAGGCAUAUCUCUUGACCUUAACAGAAAAAUCAAUACGGUUAUGCGAUUAACUGAUCUAUACCUCCCAUAUUUGUUCUUCAAUGGCGUAUUUGAUGAUAUGAAUACACAAAAAUUGCUAUUAGCUGCAAAACAAGGAGGGGUAGAAAUGAAUUUGUUUUACUUUGAUCCUAAGAUUAUUGAUUGGGAUAAUUACUUCAUGAAUAUCCACAUUCCUGGUAUCUUCACUUAUGCCUUCAAGUGAUGUGUGCGUGAUCAAGUAUUUUUCACUGGCAAUUGUUGAUUUAUAUAUAUCUCUUAUGACUGAAUCUUGUAUUUUUGUUGGAUUUAUACAAACUUGUGCUAGCCAUAUUAUACUUUAAUCCAUACCAAAUUAUUAUAUAUAAUUAUUGAUCAUAUUUAUCUCAAAA